GCUUUUAAUGUCCUUCAGUCACUUCCGGUGAAUGCCGGCGGGAUAAUCAACUUCCGGCGGUGUUGGUCUUACUUUACAGGACUCCUCGCUUUUAUUUUCUGUGUCUCAACUCCUUGUUGAGUUAUUAUAUCACUGGUGUUGGCAUGCCAUGGAAGGCCCAGACACAUACCUCAUACGACCCAACUAUCAGCACAAAUUCAAGCCUGCAGUCGUAAAGGAGUGCAUUCGCGAAACAGUGAAGGCACGCCUGUCUGAAGUGCAAUACGACCCAGAUGAGGUCUCAGAGCUUACCCGCACACUGGCGGACUGUGUGAAGAAUAAAGUGAAGAAUCUAGGGUUUCACAGGUACAAGUUUGUUGUGCAGGUGACCAUUGGAGAACAACGUGGACAAGGAGUCAAGAUGUCUUCAAGGUGUUUAUGGGAUGCUGAUACUGACAACUAUGCAGAAGAUGUUUUCAUGAAUGAAUAGUUUUAUCACUUUUACAGGAAAGCUUGUUCUGUGCGGUGGCCGUGUUUGGAAGCUAUUUCUACUGAGGAGCUGGGAGUAUGAGUGUGGAGGAGGAUGGCAGCUGCUGAGGCGAAAAGAUGGGCCAGAAAUCUGUCGGUGACAUGACAUCAUUCCGAUUUUCCUUUGUUUGACUUAAUGUGACUGCGUGAAGCCCUUUAUAAUUUAAAUUUGAAAUAAACUACAUGUUUCUUACUGAA